AUGUACUGCCGCUCCAAGAAGAUCGACCACAGAGACAUCAAGGACGAAAACAUCCUCUACAACCCCAACACGAAGCAUGUCAUGCUGAUAGACUUUGGUUCCGCCUCCUUCGUCUCCUCCUCCUACAAUCGUCUCCAGGGAACUGAUAUCUACCAUCCUCCUGAAUUCUUCUCGGACGGAAGCUUCAAGUCUACUGAUGGAAUUGUUUGGGCCCUGGGUUCUUUUGCUUACAUUCUGCUUAACGGAGAUUGUCCCUACGAUACUCUAGAGGACUUGAAGGAUGACGUGCCGAUAGUCUGGACGAACGAGAAGUCCUCUUCGUCUGCUAUAAGAUUUGUGAGACGUGCUCUGAGAAGACGACCUGUUGAUAGAGAACCAUUGAACCUGCUGAGGAAAUCUGCCUGGCUGAAUAACUUUAAGAAAUAA